CUCUUCAACACCUUGGUCUCAUGCUUUGUUUGCCUGGCUCAGAUAUUGGAUCUUCAGAAGUGCUUCAGUCCUGAAAAGCUGUUCAUGUGGAAAGCCUCUCUUUAAAAAAAUGUUCUUUGAGAGGAAUUGUUGUGAUUACAGCCAAAUCACAUUUGAGCCAAACUCUUGGCGAGUUUCUCCAUAACCACAUGAAUCAAGCCCUGCUCUGUCCUUCCACAUCCCAAAUCUGACCAUCCCCAUUCCAGAAUAACCAUAUACAUAUAUAUAUAUAUAUAUUCAGGAUGCUCAACUGCAGUGCUGAAAGUCCCUGUUUCCUGUGGUAUUACCUCUCUGGCUGCCCAGCGUGUUCUCACCUUGGCCACACCUUGCACAGGGGCAGUAGGAUGAUCUAAGGAUAUUAGUGUGCCUCCCAGGCCACUGUUCCCAUGGUUUGCUCCACACAAUGGGAUUCCUAUGAGAUUGGGGUCCAAGGGCAUCGUGGUUGCACUGUCACAAAGCAGGAGGGCACUGAGGAGCUGCAGAAUAGGGGACAGAGCCUGAGCAGUGUGAAGGGACAGGAGGUGCCAAGUGCCACAUCCUUUGCCAGCCUGUGGACGUUUUUACCAUGUCCUUCCUGGGAGAAGAAUUCAAGCCUAUGAAAACCAGUGCAGCUGUGGUCUUCAGUCUGGUACAGGUGUCUCUCAUCCUAGGACAAGGGGCCAGCAAGUUGCAAGUGCCUUUAUCUAGAUUUUAAUGUGAAAAGGCAGCCACCAAAGCCCCAUAGUAUUGGCAGCAUCGCCCACUUCACCCACUGCAGCAGACCAGUAUUCCCUCCUUGCUCUGUGUGCUGAGGUCCCUCCAGUCUCUACUAUUGUGGUCAUAAACACUGAGCUCCACCACGGGAAUUUGUCUUUUAUUUUCUGUUAAAAUCAAGUCUUUCCAGCACGUGUGAACAAGGUAGGUUUUGUUGGCUUCUGGUUAAGCAAUAAGAUUUCCUCCUACUUCUGCACUUCUGUAGCUUGUGGCUGUUGUUAGAGGCGUGGUGGAAGGUGUUAUUUAGGCUGUUCCUCUGCAUCGUCAUCUCCCCAAGGCAAGUUCUCCUCCCUCUUCACCAUUCACCUCCAGCCCUGCCCUGGGAGAUGUCAACCAAACAGAAGCCAGGUCUCUUUGGACACCUCAUUAUUUCAGUUUACCAAUGGCAUUGCUUUUCCUCCCUUGGCAAUUUUGCCAUAGGUGUUUGUGACUUCUCAUUUUCCAUACCCUUAACUCUCAGAGCUGUUCUUUAUCUGCAUCCUUGCAUCCUUCUUUCUUUCAGAAAGGUUUGUUUUACAGCAAAAGCUAAAGUUUCAGUCCUCUCCCCAUGCCCAGAGAUGUUUACUGGUGGCUCAUUGGCGUUACAGCAUCUGCACACUCAGGACCCUUCAGUGCUAUUGUCUGCUCCUGACCCAUCAAUACACCAAUAAAAGCAACAGUUGAUAGGACAGGCAAGACAGCAAAACACAAAGCUGCUGAACUGUCAUUAGACACCAGAAUGUCUCUGAUUUAAAGUCUGGGAAGAAUUAAAAGGUGCUGAUGCAGGUGUUAAUACACUGAAAUAUCAGCACAGGGAUCUUGGUCCAGCUCUCCCAUUGCUCCUAGAAAAAACUGGGUAGGAACUAGGGACUGGGAGAGAAUUGAGAGCAGUUUCCUAAUGUCUUAAGCCUUGCCUGGCCCUUUGUAGUUUAAAACUGGCUGUAUAGAAUUCUGUUUUGUGGCCUUUCUGAGAAGCCUAGCUCUAAUGAAAAGAAAUAAAGGCAUUGGAUUAUGGAAGGGAUUAAGUCAUUUCCAGUAGCACUUUGUCCUGGAGGGUGGUCUGGAUCUGUAACCAGGUCUCCAGGGCUUCCUGAAGGCAUCUUUAACUUUAAAACCCAAGAGUUGAUAUGACAGUUGUUGCUGAGGGUGUUUGAAAGCUAGCAAACAAGCAAAGCAAGAGCUCAGAGGACAGCAAGAAGGGUCUGGUUUCCUCAAACCUCUCUUUAAUCCCUUCAGAUGGGGCUAUGUGUGGCCCUGUAGCUUAUUUGACUCUGCUCACAGUGUCUUUAGGAGCAGUAUCAGACUGGUGAGUACAGGGCAGUUCCCAGUGCAGUGACCCACCUUGGGCUCCUGAUGUCUUCUGAUGGUCUUUUUUGGAGACUUCUUAUAGAAGUCCCCAGGUAUCAUGCUCACUGGCUGUGAGUUGUGUGGCAUAGCCCAGGUGAUAGCAGUGCCUUCUUUAAAAAUAUCUUAGAAAACUCUUUCCUGGAUUUUAUUUAACACACCUUGAGUUCCCAAAGUGCUCUGCAGAAAUGUGAUGUGACAGAUGCCAACAUGAGUCACAGACAGGACGGAGAGAACCAAAGAACCUAACCAUAGAAUCAUAGAAUCACCAUAACACCAUACAAUCUAACUCCAUACAAUGUGCCACGUAAAAGUUGAUGCUGAAAUCCAUGGUCUCUCUGAGAGUCCAAACCAGUGGCUCUAUCCUAAGGAUGGCACAGCAUGCUUGAAGGAGUCAGGCCUUUUCCAUGGAACACCUGAAGUCAUGAUGAUGGUUUAGGCAUCUUUUCAUGGUGCAUGGCAGAGGGGUGUAUUGUUAAACAUGGCAGCUCUGUUUGGGAUCCAAAGCCUCUUGGAGAACCCUGAAAAGAGGAAUGCAUUCAUCCUCUUUUAUCCCAUCCACUGCCUGGAGAUCCCACCAACACAGCACAGAGGCUCUGGAUGUAACCAUACUCAGCAGUUUUUAGGAAAUGAGCAGCCCCAGGUUAGGUAUAGCAGUCUUGUUGGUGCUCACUUGGACUCAGAGCAUCUCUACAGCACCUGGAAGAGCUUGACUGCAUCUUGGAUAUGCUCCUUCACCUGGCCCAAAGAGACAAACAUAAGGCCCAGAUGUGGACCGUGUCCACAUCCCCAUUUCCCAGAAGCAUUGAGUAAAAGGGAAGUCCAUGCAUGAGCACCUUUUUCUCCAAUGUCAAUCCAGUCCAUUCGAGGGCAGCAGACCUAUGCUGAGCUGUUGGUGCCCACUAAGGCUUCCUGCCAGCAGUGCCACCCAGCAGAAGACAUGGGGUCCUAACUGUGAGUCAAACAUGAACCCUUGUAGAGAUGAACAGCCACACAUGGUGCCAAAUUGCCAUGAGUGCAGCCAUCAGGGCAAGAUAAAUUAUUCUUCCCCUUCCCCACAGGCACUUGUGACUCCUCAUCUGGGAUUUGUCCAGAUUUAGGCUCUACGGACACCAGAGAGAUGGUUUUGGGUGGCCAGGAGAGAAUGAAGGAGGAGCUUUUUGCAGUUUGGAGGGGGGAGGGUACAGACAAGACGGAGCCAGAUUUGAGCACAACCACAGGACAAAUCAUAGAAUCAUAGAAUUGCUCAGGUCGGAAAAGACCUUAAAGAUAAUUCAACAAAAUUCAACAACAGUAUGGGAAAUGAAUAUAAAAGGAAAAAAAAAAAAAAAAAGAAAUAUCUUCAGCAUGAGGAUGUUCUGAUAGUAGGGUCCAGAGUGCUCCGUGCACAGAGAUGCUCAGAGUUGGGAUAGACAAACCUCCAGGCAACCUGGUUUAACCAUAAAGUCCCAGUCCGAGCAGAGGGUUGGAGCAGACUCCUCCAGAAGCUGCUUCCAACAUGAAUGAUCCCACGAACCAGUAUUCUGAGAAUACACUGGCACCGACACCUGCAGGAUGGUUGCCCUGACUGUGCACCUUCAUUUAGGGAUAACGAGCUGCACUUUGGCUUGCUGGAGCCGUUGUCAGGGAGGUUGCCAGGGAGGCUGACAUCAGAUAUCCCUUCCCUAUAGAUUAUCAUGCACAGCAGCACCAUCAGUUCCUAAUCUGCAAACGAGAUGGGAGGGCACCCAGAGGAAGCCCUGGAGGGUGUUUUGCGUCAGUGGCCUGGGUUGCCUAGCACCGCUGGGACCGUGGAGAAGGUGCACCAGAAUUUUUACCCCUGCGUGUCCUAUCUGGGAGCCAAACGUUGCUGAGGACGUAGCAGAGGAGCAGUGGAGGAGAUGGCAGCUGAGGCAGGGGAGCUCAAGCUGCCCUUCAUCCACGAUGACCAGCUCACCCGGUGCAUGCGUUUGAGAGCCCAGAGCCUGCAGCAGAAAAAUGCCAGGCCCCAGGAUGGUGAGAAGCUGCUGCAUCCCAACGAGCACGUCUACAGGGUAGAUUUCAUCCGGCAGCACAACCUGUGCUUCCUCCGCUGGGACGUCCAACUGGAGAGAUCUGGGAAGGUGAUGGUGACCGGCACUUCCCAGCACUGGACUCCUGAUCUCACCCACCUGAUGAACCGGCAGCUGCUGGAACCAGUGGGCAUCUUCUGGAAGAAACCAGGGGCCAAGGAGGUGGAGUGCAAUGAGGCAGAUGCCCAGGAAUUUGGGGAGCGGCUCGUGGAGUUAGCCAAGAUCCGCAAGGUGAUGUAUUUCCUCCUUGCUUUCACCGAUGGCCUUGAACCUGCUCAGCUGAAGGGUUCCAUCGUUUUUAAGGCCUGAUUCCCUCCAGCUCUGUCCUUCUUGCUCAGCUAUGCUUUGUCUUCGUUUUUCUUUCUUUUGUUCAGUUCUCGGUUGUUUCUAUGUGGCUCUUCAUUGAAGGAGGGCAUAACAAAAUGGUGGAGAACAUCUUGGCACUUCUGGAGCUCCUCACCCCUGAAAAACAUUCCCUUAUCAUGCUUUCCUCAAUCUGAAUGAAGGGAAAGAGAGAGAACGAGCCAUGGAUGCUUGCUGCUUUAUUUGCCUAGAGUAUAAUUCUGCUUGCUUGUGAGUUCAGGGAUUCACCAGGCCUGGCUGGCACAGUCUUGCUGGCUUGGAAAUGUUUGGCUGCUCUUACCCUUCCAACCAUGGCACCUGGAUACAAAAUGCCUGAUGGAAAAAUAAAUUGCCAUGCUGCAAACAGGAGAGGCAUCCUGGAGAGAGUGCUGCUUUCCAGUUUCCAUCCCAACCGUCCAGAAGGGGAGGCUUGUUUGAGAUGGAUCCUUGCAAGGAUGCUGAAUGCUUGCUAGUUACAGUGACUUAUGUGACUGUGACUGUUUCUGUGACUGUGACUGCUCCAUGUCUCUAAAGACCAGACCUAUGGAAGCUCACCUUACCAUGAAGCUGAAGGACCUUCAGACCUGUUGCAUUCAGCAGAUUGCAAACUCACUGGACAAAAAAAUAGGAGGGUGAACCUUCCUUUUCCUGACAGCUUUCACUGUUUAAUACUGGGGGUCAGUGUGGGGAGGUGUGCUCAAGCAUGUUGCCUUCCUCUUGCUGCCUGUAUUUCUGUUACAGAGAUGAGUUGGAGCAGGCAUGCAUGUGUGUGCAGAGCCAGCAGCUCAGAGCAGGCUGUAGAAUCUGAGCCAGCAGCUAGUCCCUUGCAGCAAAACCAAUCUGUGCAUGAUUAUGGCCUUAUAACAUCUUCAUGGCCAAGUUGGAUAGGGCAUUGAGCAACCUGGCCCAAUGCAAGGUGUCCCUUUCCAUGGCAGGGUGGUUGGAACUAGAUGAUCUCUAAGGUCCUUUCCAACCCAAACCAUUCUUUGAUUCUGUGAUCUAUAGAGAGCACUUUGCAAACACAUCCAGGAUGGUUUCUUACUGUCUCAUCCAUUGACUGUGGAUAAACUGCUAACUUUGUACAUCCUCUUUCCCUCCACCAGAAGGUACUUUAGUGACGCUUCUUGAGAGUCACAGGUGGGAAUGUCCUUUGAAAAAGUAUUUUUAUGAUUGGUUUGCACUCAAAUGAUGGUGUGCAUUCCUCAAGGUAUGGACUGAGGUUUUCCUGAGGUAUGUAAGGAGAGGGCAGUGAUGGGAAACCAGAACAAGAAGGCGCGAUACCCACGGCCUACUGAUUGUGUAGACCAUUCCCAAAGGAGUCCAGCCUCUUCUCCAGAUCCCAUGGAGAUCCUGGACACCAUGCCCUCUCUAGCCCCAUGACAGUGUAUAAAAUGAUAUGCACAAGUUGUAUUAGAGAGAAAGGAAAAGUCAAACAGUGAUGGAGAGAAGUUGGGAGCUUUGAGUCUUGUCUGCAGCCAAAGUUCAGCAACUACAUAUGGCCAUGCCAUGGACACUGCUGGAGAAGUUGAUGUCACUGCUUAUAUCCCAAGACAUGCUGUAUUCAGUGAAAAGAAAUAAAAGGGGACCUGUCCCUGCUUGGCUGUAGUAUGGACCUAUGGUGGAUCAAACCCAGUUCUAGGGUCCCAAAACAGUCUCUUUUCCUAUAGGAGAACCCUCUUCAUAUAUCCCAGAACAAAGUUCCUGAGUGCAGACCAGAUUAGAUCCCGUAACAGGAGUCACUGCCAACUUCUACAAGGAUUUUUGCUUGCCAGGUCUCAUAAUAUGUAAUUGCUACAGUGCUGUUUGCUCAGUUAGAGUUCCUGCAGCAGGUACCUUGCUUGAUAUUGACAUGCCACAGUAAAUAAAAGCCUUAUCAGCUGUUUUCCCCUUAAGGAUCAAGGCUGUGCAUAUUUUCUUGAUUCCCUGUUUGGUAGCUGCCCCAGUCCUGCAUGCAGUAAGGCAGAACCAAUUUUCAAGUCAUUUCUGGUAUUUUUGAUAACCUUUUCUUCUGCAAAAAAAAGUAAACAGAACAUUUACCUUCUUCUCUCUCAGCAUGAAAGGCUAAAUGGAGCAUGUAGUGUUGGGUUUGGUUUGGAGGAGUGUGAAGCUGGGCAGAGGAGAACUUGAUGGAGGAAUUGAUCCUCAGGUGGAUCUCACCUUUCCAUCAGAGCUGGGAGUGGGAGGUGAAUGGGGUACUCAGAUUCCUCUCUCCCACAGGACAGAUGAUCCAUUUUAUGCCAACCCCUGAAAAUAUCCCUACAAAGUUUUCAUGCCCUGUAAAGGCUUUCAGAUACACCACUCCAUCCCAUCUCCUGGGGAUGUUCAGUCCUGGUUCGUUCAGCAGAUUGGCACAGCAGGUUCUCCUCCUCCCUGUCCUCAGCUGGCAAGUUCCCAAUAGAAUAGCUCCUGCUUGGAGGAAUCAGCACCCAUCCAUCCCUCCUUCAAGGCAGGGAUGUUUCUCCAGAGUCAUAGGUGCAUUUUCUGUUAACUCCAGAGUAAGGAAAAGUCUGCAUCAGGUUAGGGAAAUGUCAUUUGCACUGCCUCAAUGCAAUCAAGCUGAGUCCAGGACUCAGCAGGGUCCCAGGAUGAGUGGUUAAGGGCACGCUCUCCAGUAACCACUGAGGAGAGGUGAGAUAUCUGAGGAAGGUUCCUGGGGGUCAGUUAGAGCUGUGAAUCUCAUUUAUAUGACUAUCUCCUGCUUAAUCCUUUAGGGAAUAUGCAGGGAAUGGCCACAAGCAGAGUUGUGCUGUGUGCUUGAAGUGUAACUGUCCUGGGACCAGUAUCCCAAUAGGAACCUGGAAUGCCACCUCUCUCCUGUUGUGCCAGUGGGUGUAGGAGAUGGCCCCUCUCUGGCCCAGGGACACCACUGUCCUUCUUAUACCCUUCUCAUGCUCUCAGAAAUUCACCAUAUCAUAGAAUCAUGGAAUCAUUAAGGUUGGAAAAGACCUCCAAGGUCAUC